GUCGUCACGGGCGCCGGCUCCGGCAUUGGCCGCGCCACGGCGGUAGAGAUCUGCCGGCGCGGCGUGCGCGUCGUCGGCGUCGGCCGGCGCGCGGCGGCGCUCGCGGAGACGCGCACCGUGUGCGGCGACGGCUUCACGGCCGUCGCCGCGGACGUCGGCACGGAGGACGGCCGCGCCGCCGUCGCGGCGGCCGCGCGCGCUUCGACCCCGCGGAAGACCGUCGUCGUCCACAACGCGGCCGCGGUCGGCGAGACGGCGCCGCUCGGCGCGCUCACGCUCGGCGGCUGGCGCGCGGCCAUGGCGACGAACGUCGAGGGCCCGCUGUUCCUCACGCAGGCGCUCCUGCCGGGCCUCGGCGCCGGGUCGCGCGUGCUGCACGUGUCGUCGGGCGCCGCGCACGGCGGCGCCGAGGGCCUCGCGGCCUACUGCGCGUCCAAGGCGGCGCUCAAGUCCGUCUACGAGUCCCUGCGCGGCGAGCUCGGCCCGGCCGUGCUCGUGGGCAGCGCCAUGCCCGGCGUCGCGGACACGCCCAUGCAGCGGGCGCUCGUCGCCGAAUUGCCGGCCGCGCACGCGAUGCGGCCCUACUUCGAGGGCCUGCGCGCGGAGAAAGCGCCGGCGGGCGGCGCGGGCCGGCCGCCGCCCGCCGCGGGCCUCGACGCGCCCGAAAACGUCGCCGCGUUCUUCGCGUGGCUCCUCUUCGACUGCCCGGCGGACGAGUUCGUUUCGAAGGACUGGGACAUCCAGGACGCGGCGCACCACGCGCGCUGG